UGUGUACAUCCCGCCUGUCCCUUCGCAAACAGGAGGGGAUCAGCCAGCUGCCCUGGCGUGAAAAUACCUGACAAACCCCCAUCUCCUUUGCCUUUUGGAUCUUUGUGUCUGGUUGUGUUCUUACAGAUUUUGACCCCCCCCGUCAUGAUCCCUAAUCUAAAAAUCAUCUUCCUGUUUGUUUGGUUGCUUCAAUGUGGAGGGGGAAAUGUCGAUGUACAGCAGAAACCUCCAAUCCAGGUUGCCCUGCUCAAGGAAGGAACAUCCAUCCCCUGCAAAGUCAUCUUCCCUUACAUGCCGAAAUACACCAAAUUUUCAAUCUGCUAUUACUGGAUUAAUUCACUGGAUCAGAAGACAUCUAUCUAUACUAGGUUGGAAAACGUAGCCAUUCCUUCUGGAGAAGAGAAUAAGACUGCUGCCUUAUCUUAUGACUACAGAAUCAUGCCACUUGAAAACACCUCUUCUACUGGCACGUACUACUGCAAGGUCAAAUGGAAUGAUAUCCAAAAAAUGGGAAAGGGAGUGUUUGUCCUUGUUAGAGAUACAGGAUACAUAAAUACCUCUUAUGGGUGGGAAAUCCUCAUUACCCUUACUGUUCUUCUUGCUGUAUUGGGCAUCACUGCAACAGCUCUGCUUCUGUGGAAAAGAAAGGUGUUGUGCCCUAGAAGGAGCCAGCCAAAUAUCCUGAAGGUGGAAACACAGCUCCCUUCAGCCAGCCCACCACCACCACCACCUCCUGUCUAUGACAGCCUGGAUGUGCAGCAAGUUGAUGUCUAUUCUAGCCUCGAGAACAAGACAAACAACCCAUCACACAGAAAGAAUCCUCCAGGGAAGACACCUAAGAAGCAAGAAACUCUAGAAGAAUCCUCUGAUACAUUGUAUGAGAAUAUCUAACAGGGAAGAUACCUGACCCGAUGUGGACCAGACAUCUUUCUGUAUGGCAGAGCUACUCUCUUACAUCCCAGAUGAGAUGCAGGUACAUGCAGAGAUCCACAGUGACUUCAGAGCACAACCACGAGGGAACUGUGAACCCCUGGCCCCUUCUAAACUGCCCUUCAUUAACAACAGAAUGUGUCUGUAAAAAUCCCUCGAGGCUCAGUCUGCAUUGAUGCAGCAAAGCUAUUUUGCAGCAAAACUGUUUGAUGCAAAAGAAAAGCUGCUUUUGUCAAGCACUUAUCUUGGGAAUGGGCAAUCUGUGAAGGUUUCUCUCACCUACCCCGUCUGAAAUCCUCUGCAAGUGGUAGGACAAUCCAGAGACUUCCCUGCUUGCUGGCUUGAUGUUCCGAUCCUGAUCUGCAGCGUCAGUCUGAUCCUGUGCUUGUGGCUUUGCCGAAAUGGCCAUCAGGACUUCAUGCAUAGUUUAACCAGAUCCAAGCAUCCACCUGCCCAUUUUCCCUUUCUCAGGAACCCCACAGCAAACACGAUUUCUCGUAAUCUGCUAAUCCCAUCAAGUAGUCACAGAUGCCUGCUGCGACCUUACUGAGGCGACUCAAAUCAGUGCCUCCAAGAAAAUGCUUCCCCUUCAGCAAUAUCAGCAGUACACAGUGAGGACUGGAUGCACUGACGGAGAUAAAGGCGGAGAAAAUGAACACAGAGAAAAUACCCCUUCCUAACAACACGUGUCAGUGACAGUGCCCAUUCUGCAAGAGAGAGGAACAAGGAAGUGGGAAUGUGAGGAAACUCCUUUGCUGGAGCUGCAUAAGCCAUGCGGGUCUGGGGCCAGGUUCCAGCCUGCAGAAAUCCAAGGGGAGCUCCCCAGUUUCCUUUUCAUCUUGGCAAUGGGCAUUGUUAUCACUGGGGAUUUUGAGCCUCUGUGGGAGCAGGCAUGGUACCUUUGCCCACCAAGACCAAUAGGUUUGCCUUUGUUUCAGCUGGCUGCUGUAAAGAGUGUAAAGCUCCUUUACUCCCCCAUUAUGUGUUAUUGGCCAGGGACAGCAGUUCUGAAACUUAGAAUGAAUGGAGGAAGGAGGACUUAGAAGUGAAUUUGCUAUCCAAAUUCUUUCUCCCCUGUCAUCUGGAACUUGCCUACCAUUUGUGCUGAUGCAUAUUCUGGUUCUGAUAGGGAAGAAGUUACAUUAAAUAUCCGUAUAACAUGAUCAAACCAGCAGAUCAAAAAGCUGUGGCUGUUUUAUCUCAUAUUAAAAACAACAAUGAAAUAACAACCAAACAAAACCAACCCAAAAUAAGAAUAUGCAGCAUAACUUGAGAGGAAUUGUAGAAACCUCUUUAAAGAAGAAGAUCAAAUUAAAAUUGAGCUCCAGGGUCAUAGGACCCUCUCUAGCUGAAGAUAAUGUUGCUAUGUAUCAGAGAUAGAGGCUAUGGAAAAUGUCUCCGGGGCCUCCAACCUUCCUAUACUAUGUUUAAAGAGAUAAUCCGCUUAUUGCUUUGCUCUUUUUAUUAGAAAAGAUUUCAAACAUGCAAUUUGGACUUUCUUUAACCACAGAAAAAUGCUUUUUCUCUUCCCAGUGCUGAGGAAUUCAUUUCAGAAAAGGCAAUGAAUGAACAGCAUGGCUUAUUAGACCCAUUUAUAAUUUGUUAAGUGAUCACAACAAUUAUAAAUAUUUUUGAAGUAAAAAGUUUUAUAUUUUACUAAUAUGACCAGGAAAUAUUUGCGUUCACAGAAGAAUUUUCAGAGGAUUGUACAGGUAUAACAAUUCCUUUCCUUAACAAAUUUGAAGAAAUGAUGAGAUGAAUUAUAAAUAUGUUGCAGUAUGGCAAUAAAAUAUUCAACAGAUGCCAGUGGAUUUGAUGAAAAGUAAAAACUUUCAAAA